GCGUCGCGUUACUCACCACCGCCCAACCGCUCCACGUUUUCUCCGCAUAGUACCGCGCCCCGAUACACAACGGCUGGUGCUAGAGAGCGCUCCGCGAUGCGGUUACCGGUGUUCUUUCGAAGGAUCUUCAAGUACCCACAGAUGGAUUUCGAGGUUGCCAUAUGGGAGAUGACCUCUCUGAUCAUCGCGCCCAAGAAGGUGUUCAAAGCGAUAUAUUAUCACGUGAGUAAGUCUAGCAGCUCCUGGGGCCUCGCCUACACGCCCACGUUCAGCUCGAUCGUACGAUUGGUCUUCUCGCUCGUGUUCCUCCAUUUCCUACUCACGUCGCUCGUUUUCGCGACGGCCGGAUACUAUCUGUGUGGCAAGUUCUUGAAGGUUCCGCCUUCCGGAAGGCUACCGAGGGCCGGAAUUGUUACCGGCGAUGGCGACCUUGAGUUUAUGUACUGCUUCGAGAUCAGUGUUAGGGCGUUCUUCCCGGUGUGGGUGUUUCUCUAUGUCGUUCAGUUCCUGAUGAUGCCGCUCCUGAAGAACGAUUAUUGGAUAUCGAUCUUUCUCGGCAAUUCGCUUUACUUGAUCGCAUUCUCGUUCUACAGCGUAAUCACCUUUCUCGGGUACAAUGCUCUUCCUUUCCUCCACCAUACCGAGGUCCUCCUUUUCCCUGUUGUUGUACUCGUCAUCCUAUGGGCGACCAGCUUGCUUGGGUUCAAUGUUGCGAAGCAUGUAAUCGGGAUGUGGUUGUUCUAGGGGGUUGAAUAUGUUGUUUUUGCUGGUGAUUGUUGUUGGUUGUUGGAAUGUCUUUGCCCUUCACGGCUGUGCCUUCUCCUUGCCCCCUUUAAAUGCAUAUCUCCCCCACGUGUAGGAUAGGUGGCGUAUUAGAAGCAUCGUUACUGGGCGUUUUAUGGGACGUGUUUUCUCCAGCUUCGUACAUAUUAUUCUCAGCUGUUACUCCUG